AUGGAAAAACUGGAUCGCCUGGUGGCUUAUACCUGGGACGAGUCGAGGCAAUUUCGCUCAAGCUAUGGCGUAAGGCACAUUUUCGGCACCAGGCACCUCGACCGUACCAUCCGUGCAGAUUUUGCGCAGACCGCUCGCUUCCGAAGUGCCUCAUUCGGCAAUGUGAGCGGUUCCUCGGCCCCAUGUGGUCCAGACAGGGACAGCGACGUAGAAACCCAUGGCAAUUGGCCAGAGAGGACUAUUGAAGUGGUGGCGCGCAUUGGUGAGAACUUGGUCGCGGAAGAAAGAAUGCAAGAGGAGUAUCAAAUGUUGGCAUCCGUCGCUGCUUCCGACCGCAAAUAUUUUCUACUCCCCGUGGAGAUGCGACGCCUACCCAGCCUGGAUGAGGACCACGAGUCAUCGCUCUUGGCCUGCAUUUAUGAAAGUCCCGGUCCUAACGAUCUUCCUCGCUUCGUCGAUUGCGGCACGACCUGGUAUCAUACACAACCCGAAGGAGAACAGAGUGAUACCGAGACCGAUGAUAUUGGCUCGCAUCGAUGCGAUCGGACCGAGCUCAUACCGUUGCAGACAUUUAUGGAUUUUGCUAUCGGCGCUGCGGAGUGCAUUCAAAUGCUGCAUAGCCAGCAGAUUGUUCACGGGCAGAUCCGAGGGGAUGCAUUCCACUUCAGCCAAGAGACCGGCCGAGUGAAAUUGAUUUAUCUCGGAACGGGCCUACGGCCCUAUGACACCGGGCGGCUGAGCGCCGGCUGGCCGCGGGCCCCAGUGAACCAGAACAGUGCCUCGACGGGCACCUCCUAUAUGAGCCCCGAACAGACCGGCCACACGCCGAUUCAGCUUGACAAUCGGGCCGACAUGUACUCACUCGGUGUCCUGCUGUGGAGCACUCUAGUUCACGAGACUCCAUUUGAGGCCAAGUCUCCCAUGGAGAUUAUUAGGAAGGUUCUAGGACGGGAGCUGCCGUCGGUUUCGACCUUGCGACAGGACGUGCCUAAAAUAAUUGCACGAAUCAUCGCCAAGGCGACGGCGAAGAAUGUCUCCGAGCGGUACAAAUCUGUCAGCGGUCUGCGACAUGACCUCGUGGAGGUGCGGGAUAUGUUGGCAGCGGGAGAUACGGCAGAAGUGGAUACUUGGGAGAUUGCCAGCAAGGAUGUUUCUCCGUUCUUCACGCUCCCGCGCACGAUGGUGGGCCGGACGGCCGAGCAAGACGCCAUCGUUGAGGUUCUGGAUCGUACAUCCAGGUUGUACCAGGGAGGCAAAGGGCUUCACCUAUUGUCGCUGCCGGAGGACCAAACUGCGACCUUCGCCGUCCUUCCAUCAGGCGCUUACCUGGAAGAAGAAGCCUCCGGUAAUCUGGCCGAUGCAAUUCCCAACUUGCCGGAUUCCACCAGCAUGGCCUCCGUUGCAAUUACUCAAUCGUAUAUAGCUAAUACGCGCCGCGUGCGCUCCAAUGGACGUUCUCAAAACAGCUCAAGCGAGCGCAGCGAGUCCGACUCCGUGGCCUUAGACAGGAAGGGAAUAGAGAAGCGAUUGUCGACUCUAUCGAUUGACAGCACCAGUGGAGAUGGAAGCUCCCGAUCUAGUGACACGGGUAGGAGAUCGGCUGCACAUCGCGGGAUGGCGCCACAAGGACGAUGCGAGAUCAUCAGCAUUGAGGGAGGGGCCGGUCUGGGCAAGUCUCGACUCAUCAAGUCGGUGCAGAUUAUAGCCCGACGAAGAGGCUUCUUUGCCAGCUCCCGGUUUGAUCUCUCAGUCAAAGAACGUCAGCGUCCGGUUCUGAACCUAUUCUCAAGUCUAUUCGAGCAGGCCUUUUCAGAAAAUACAAUUGAGCCUAGUUUCCUGCCGAAGUUGCGAAACCAGAUUGGCCCUGUGUGGCACACUCUGCACAAAGUUCUAGGCCUUCCAAAAUUCUUGCUCGGACCAAGCCCCGAGUUGCCGAAGCAGGUGCCGCAUACUACUGCCCGUUCGGCCAUGUCAUCGUCUUACCAGCAUUCUCCCGAUAGUGCUGGAACGGAGAGUUCCCAUAAAUUUCUUCGAACCGGAUCCUCAACCAAUUCUUUGCCUCUUGUACUGACUUUGCUGGAUAUCUUGCGAACCUUCUCGCAAUACAAAUUAGUGUGUCUUUGCCUUGAUGAUGUCCACAUGGCGGACGAAGAGUCGUUGGAACUUAUUGCCCAGAUCGUCUCGGCUAGGAUCGAAAUUGUGGUGAUCUUGGCCUAUCGACCCGAAAAUGAUUCAUCGGAAAUGAUAACCAAAAUCCUUGACCUCUCUACCAAUAAAGAAAUUCGGAACGGAAGAGACGUAAGUAUUACCGCCAUCACUCUCUCUCUGCUCAGUGAAGACAGCGUAUUGCAAUAUGUAGCAAGCACCUUGUGUUUGCCUGUCCCCGUUCUCUUGCCUCUGGGAGCGCUCAUUCAAUCUAUGACAAAUGGAAACCCAUUUUACGUCCGUGAAAUGUUGAACGAGUGCUAUGAACAUGAAUUCAUCUGGUAUGACUACCAGAAAGGGCUGUGGUCGUUUGAUCUGAGCCGCAUCUCCGAGCAUUUCAAAGCGGAUAAAUACGACGAUGCCGUCUUCGGUGAUUUCUUAGCAAGGCGCCUUAGUAGCUUAUCACCUGUCUCUAAGUCAAUCCUGGCCUGGGCAUCCAGUUUGGGCAUGACCUUCUCGUUCCAGCUGGUCCAGAGGCUUCUCAACAGCGAUGAGACGAUUUCAGAGACAGACUUGCCUGAGCGGGAGAUGUUUCUAGCUCUGCAAUCGACCAUCCAAGCCUACGUCAUUGUGCCCACACAGGAUAAGGACGUCUUUGCAUUCACAUAUGAUCAUUACAAGCACAUCGCAGCGUCAUUCCACACGAGAGAUCAACACCAUGUGGAGUUUAUCAAAGCACAAGUGCUGCUUCAAUAUUACUCACACGACGAGAAGUAUCGCAACAUGCUGGCGUCAGCCAUUAUUGAAUCAGCAACGAUAAUCAAUGACUCCGUGGCAAACAGGAAGCCUUUCCGAAAAUUCUUGUUCGACUAUGCGAAAGCUGCGAGUGAUUCCGGCUUCCGCUCGGCUGAUAUCAAAUCAUACCCAGGCUGCAUUCUACUGCUCCAGGAGGACAUGUGGAAUGACGACGCAGAGGAUGUAAGCUACGACGAGACGCUACAGAUAUUUACCUCCGCUGCUGAAGCCUACUUGUACCGAGGACAGCAUGCCGAGGCUAGUCGCUUGCUAGACUCUAUGCUGUCCAAUGCUCGAAGUCCCGUAGACAAGGCUCCCUCCUGGAUGUUGCAGUCUCGCAUGCUUGCACAACUAGGUGAUUCGUCAGGUGCUUUCCAGGCGCUGAAAGAAUGUCUCAUUACUCUGGACGUCACAAUUGAUGACAAACCAAAUUUUGCCAAAUGUGACAAAGAGUUCCGUCGGCUGUGCGAGGCCAUUUCAGCUAUUCAAAUUGAGGACAUCAUCGAGAAGGUCCCUGUUGAGAAUCCUACCUUGGCUGCUAUCGGUGCAGUUCUCGUGGAAGCCACCAGUGCAGCUUUCUGGUCGGAUACGCUGACCUUUUACCAAAUGACGCUGGUCAUGGUUGGCAUAUAUAUCUCUCGUGGCCCCUUUCCCCAAGCGGGCAUGGGACUAUUGCAGUUGGCUGUGAUAGCGAUCACUCGGGACAACGCAAUUGCAUUCGCAAGUCAUAGUGCGGAGCUUGCCCUGGCUUUAAUCGAACAAUGUAAAGACCCACAUACCAGGGGACGCGGUAUCGCGUUUUACUUGACUUUCGUUGAUCACACCCAACAUCAUGUCCAGUCUUCAAUCUGUCAGUUGGAAGGAGCUUUGGAUUUCUCCAUCCACGCUGGUGACCGAAUCGCGACCAUUUUGAACUACGGCCUACUGGCCACCACGAGUUUCUUUGUCUCUGAUAACCUGGCCGAGCUGGAGAGCUUCUGUGUCUACAGUUGUCAGGCCAUCCCUAACUGGCAGACGGAUACUCCCGGGGGUACGAUCCUCAUCACAAUAGGCCAGCUCUGCCGUGCUUUGCAGGGGAAAACAUAUACGCAUGACUCAGCAGGGGUGAUGAGUGACGAAGAACACAAUUCGGCUGCAUACAAGUAUUGGCUAGUAAGGAACAUCAAGAACAGCGACCGGCCGCUGAUGCUCUAUGAGAGUAUGGAAAUUGCCCCGUUGUUUCUGUACGGUCACUACGAGCGAGCGGUUGCGCUGGGAAAUUCCUGUCUCAAGAAAAUAAAUGCCAUAUGGUCUGCUCGCAACACGCGAUUCCUCAUGUUCUUUCAUUCUCUUUCUCUAGCCGGAUGUGUGUGGAAUCGGAAGCAGCAGCAGCUCAAUCCCGCAUAUCGCGCCUGCUCCCCUCAAUUGGCGUCCGACAUGAAGGGGCGAUCCCUUGAGGCAGCUUUCGAGGAGGAGAUGGCCAACCUGGCGAAGAUGUUGAGGUAUUUCAAACGCAAGAUUGAGCAGUGGCAGGUCGUUACAGAUGUGAAUUAUCUGGCAUGGACAAAAAUUUUGGGGGCUCAGAUCGCCGAGAUGGAGCAUGAUCAAAGGGCUGCUUUGUGUCUCUAUCAAGAGGCAUUAGACCACUCUUCCAUGCAUGGAUUUGAGUUCGAGGAAGCUCUAGCCAACCGUCUGUUAGCUGAACACCUGAUGCGUGAGGGCUCUUUGCGACUGGGCACUUUUGCCCUGAAAGAAGCAGUUAGACUCUACCGGCAAAUGGGAGCUACGGGGGUGGCUGAUCACAUUCUGCAUAUCUAUGAUCUUGAGCAUAAGGCAAAGGGUGUGGCACGAGACACCGCUACUCAGACCGAGCCAGAUGAAAUUAUACGAAUUCACCCUCAAGUAUCCGAUCUUGGCAACGAUGAACACUCGAGUGCCGAAGAGUCCCCGGCAGAGCGUUCGCUACACAUCUCAGAUCUCACCUCGAUCCUAGAACACUCACAGGUGAUAUCUAGCGUUCUAAAGGUUGACGAGCUGUUUCGGACCAUGUGCAGAAUUAUUAUGGAGAGCUGCCAUGGUGCUGCUACUUUGGUAGCCAUAAUCACCGAGGAGGACCCGACCAUUGGGUGGGCCGUGGCAGCAAGUGGCGACGCAGCCAGAAGCAUCCAAGUACAUCACCCUCCGAUACAGAUUGGAAACUCCGUUCUUGUCGAGGAAAGCAUUGUGAACUACUGUGUGCGCUUUCGUGAAGCAACGUAUUUGCCUGAUGUCUUGCAGGAUCCGCGAUUUAGCUACGUCAGCGAAGCGUGGGCGGCCCAGAACCCGGUUAGUAAAUCGGUAGUGGCGUUGCCCAUUUCACAUGGCGGCGAGGAGAGCGAACCACUUGCGGUGUUGUAUUUGGAGGGACCGCCCAACGCGUUCUCGUAUCUCAAUCGCGUCGUGCUACAGCUGCUCGUUGUCCAACUCGGAAUUAGCUAUUACAAUGCGCUUACCCUCAGGGAAGUAGAACGGGUAUCCACCAUCAACCAAUCCAUGGUUGCCGUGCAGAAGACGGCCCUGGCGGAAGCGAUGGCGGCCGAGCAAAAGGCGAACACUGCUAGGGCUGAGGCUCUGCAUCACGCCCAGCUGGCCGAAGAGGCCGCCAAGGCAAAAAGCAGCUUUCUCGCCAAUAUAUCUCAUGAGCUACGAACGCCACUCAAUGGGGUUAUUGGCAACUCGGAACUUCUGCUCAUCAGUCCACUGCCGGAGCAGCAAUUGGAAAUGGCGGACUCAAUUCGCAUGUCAGCGAAGCUUCUACUCACCGUAAUCAAUGACAUCCUCGACUUCUCCAAGCUCGAAGCGAACAAGGUGCAGUUGCAUAUUGUGUCCUUCGAUGUCGACAAGAUGGUUCGGGAAGUCGUUCGCGCGAUGUCGACCGACUUGACGAACAAGCAGCAGUCCAAAAAUGUUCGCAUUAUCCAGGAUAUCCAACUACCCCAAUCCCGCGUAUAUGGCGAUCCCGUGCGCCUGCAGCAAAUUCUAGGCAACUUAUUCAGUAACAGUCUGAAAUUCACCGAUACGGGGUCCAUCACGAUAGGAUCCAGAGCGGUCGAUGCAACCGAGGAUUCAGUCAGUUUCUCCUUUUGGGUGAAGGACACGGGUAUUGGCAUCCCCGCACGACUCAUACAGCACCUUUUCAAGCCAUUCACCCAAGCCGAUGCCAGUACCGCGCGCCGAUUCGGAGGCAGUGGUUUGGGUCUUAGUAUUUGCAAAUCCCUCGUAGAUCUGAUGGGGGGCACCAUCGAGCUCAAGAGCGUCGAGAACGUCGGCACGACUGUUUCCUUCUCGAUCACCGUGCCGAAGGUCAAUUCCGGGGGUUCGGGGACUACCACUCCAACCGAAUCUAUCGACUGUCCAUUGGGUCUGCUCGAUAGAGCAGCCCCGGAUUGCAUUGAUCUGUCCCAAAUCGCCCUCCCCGACCUCCGCGUGUGCAUCGCAGAGGACAACCUCAUCAACCAGAAAAUUACGGUGCAGUUUCUCAAAAAGCUAGGAUUUAUCCAAAUAGAUGCCUAUAACAACGGCCUAGAAGCCGUGGAGGGCAUCCGAAAGAAGGCCGCUGCAGAGCAACCAUACCACUUGAUUUUGAUGGAUGUUCAGAUGCCCAUCAUGGACGGGUAUGUUGCCACCCACCGUCUCCGGCAGGAUCCCGUGGAGGCUGUGAGGAGCAUCCUGAUUAUCGCUCUGACCGCUUCGGCGAUCCAAGGUGAUCGAGAGAAAUGCCUGGAUUCGGGCAUGAAUGAUUACCUGGCGAAACCGGUACUCCUGGCGUCAUUGAAGAAGAAGCUUCAUAAAUACCUACAGAUGGGGUCAGCCGCCUUCCCCAGCUGA